AAAUUAAAAAGGAGAUGACUGGGAUUAUGUAAAUGCCACCUAAAUGAGGAGGCUACUUUCUUCGAAUGUUUUGUAAACUGGCUUUGAAGGUACUUCUUUAAAAAAGAAGCACAAGAAAGAUGGUGACUGGCAACAGCAUCACUGGAAUACGUCUCUAAUCAUCAAGGCAACCCACACUCAUUUGGAUGUGUGCAUCUGUGAGCCCACAUUCCUUCCUGACAACCAUCACCGUUCAGCUGGAGCAGAGAGGGGUCUGCUCGCUUCAGAUCGGGACUCGCAGGUCCUCUGCAGGCCCCGCCCACCCGGUGUCACCUGCAGGCCCGGGCCGCGGGCUUGGUUUCCACCCUGGAGGUUGCUGACACCGUGUGCCCUCGGCUCUGACUUCCAGCCGGUGGCACAGACGCCUCCAGGGGGCAGCACUCAAGCGCAUCUUAGGAAUGACAGAGUUGUAUCCCUCUCUGUUGCCAGGCUGGAGUUCAGUGGCAUGUUCAUAGCUCACUGAAGCCUCAAAUUCCUGGGUUCAAGUGAUCCUCCCGCCUCAGCCCCAUGAGGACCUGGGACUACAGUUCCCUCCCUUUGGAAUGCAGCGUGGGCACCUGCAACGCAGAGACCGCCGUAUCCCCGGUGCAGAAUGUCAUGAGUGCCCGAUACAUUUGCUGAAUAAACUAUUCCAAGGGUUGAACUUGCUGGAAGCAAGGGAAGCACUAUUCUGGGUCACGUCAAAUCAUUUCGUACAUUCCAGUUUUGUGGAAGCUUGGUGAGAAUAUGUGAACAAUAAUCACAGAACUUCAGAGCUGGGAGUAACAGUUGGAAAUAUUUCUUCCAAUAAUCGCAUUUUUUAUGAGAGGACGAUGAGGUCCAAGUGGACAGGACCAUGAGACAAUCGUGUGACAAGGAAGUUGAUGAAACCUGACCUCUUAAGUCAGUGAUCUUUAUGUCCAUCGGUCCUUUCCAGCAAGACACAGCUAAAUCCCUGACACGGAUGAAAAUUAAAGCAGAGAAAAACAAAGGUCCUUCCAGAAGCUGGUGGCAACUUCACUGGGGAGAUAUUGCAAAGUUAGUGUAACAGCGGGAACAUGAAGCCGCCACUCUUGGUGUUUAUUGUGUAUCUGCUAUGGUUGAAAGACAGUCACUGUGCACCCACUUGGAAGGACAAAACUGCUAUCAGUGAAAACCUGAAGAGUUUUUCUGAGGUGGGGGAGAUAGAUGCAGAUGAAGAGGUGAAGAAGGCUUUGAUUGGUAUUAAGCAAAUGAAAAUCAUGAUGGAAAGAAAAGAGAAGGAACACACCAAUCUAAUGAGCACCCUGAAGAAAUGCAGAGAAGAAAAGCAGGAGGCCCUGAAACUUCUGAAUGAAGUUCAAGAACAUCUGGAGGAAGAAGAAAGGCUAUGCCGGGUGUCUUUGGCAGAUUCCUGGGGUGAAUGCAGGUCUUGCCUGGAAAAUAACUGCAUGAGAAUUUAUACAAUCUGCCAACCUAGUUGGUCCUCUGUGAAAAAUAAGAUUGAACGGUUUUUCAGGAAGAUAUAUCAAUUUCUAUUUCCUUUCCAUGAAGAUAAUGAAAAAGAUCUCCCCAUCAGUGAAAAGCUCAUUGAGGAAGAUGCACAAUUGACCCAAAUGGAGGAUGCGUUCAGCCAGUUGACUGUGGAUGUGAAUUCUCUCUUUAAUAGGAGUUUUAACGUCUUCAGACAGAUGCAGCAAGAAUUUGACCAGGCUUUUCAAUCACAUUUCGUAUCAGAUACAGACUUAACUGAGCCUUACUUUUUUCCAGCUUUCUCUAAAGAGCUGAUGACAAAAGCAGAUCUUGAGCAAUGUUGGGACAUUCCCAACUUCUUCCAGCUGUUUUGUAAUUUCAGUGUCUCUAUUUAUGAAAGUGUCAGUGAAACAAUUACUAAGACGCUGAGGGCAAUAGAAGAUUUACCAAAACAAGACAAAGCCCCUGACCACGGAGGCCUGAUUUCAGAGAUGUUACCUGGGCAGGACAGAGGACUGUGUGGGGAACUUGACCAGAAUUUGUCGAGAUGUUUCAAAUUUCAUGAAAAAUGCCAAAAAUGUCAGGCUCACCUAUCUGAAGACUGUCCUGAUGUACCUGCUCUGCACACAGAAUUAGAUGAGGCGAUCAGGUUGGUCAAUGUAUCCAAUCAGCAGUAUGGCCAGAUUCUCCAGAUGACCCGGAAGCACUUGGAGGACACCACCUAUCUGGUGGAAAAGAUGAGAGGGCAAUUUGGCUGGGUGUCUGAACUGGCAAACCAGACCCCAGAAACGGAGAUCAUCUUUAAUUCAAUACAGGUAGUUCCAAGGAUUCAUGAAGGAAAUAUUUCCAAACAAGAUGAAACAAUGAUGAAAAACUUAAGCAUUCUGCCUUCCUCUAAUUUCACACUCAAGAUCCCUCUUGAAGAAAGUGCUGAGAGUUCUAACUUCAUUGGCUACGUAGUGGCAAAAGCUCUACAGCAUUUUAAGGAACAUUUUAAAACCUGGUAAGAAGAUCUAAUGCAUCCUCUAUCCAGUAAGUAGAAUUAUCUCUUCAUCUGGGACCUGGAAAUCCUGAAAUAAAAAAGGAUAAUGCAAUAAACAUAGUUGCAGGAAAGUAUGUUAGCUAUAUACUAUGAAGUACUCUUAGUUUACUUAUGUUGAACAGCUUAGCUAUUAAUACUCAAAUUGAGUUAAAAUGAAAAUUUCUUCUUAAAAAAUCAAAUGUAAUAUGUAUUACCUUUUACGGUACAUUAGUAGUUCUUUGUAUAUUGAAUAAAUACUAAAUCACC